AAUGCAAAUGGCUGACUGAGACUGACUUUUCUGCCAGAGGAAAUAGAAAAUGCAAUUUAUUUGUAAUAUUGAUCUUUAAAAAUUGUUUGAGAAUAUAAAAUUAUAACAAAGAUGAGCGAUCGCUUCAAAGGAUAUAAAGGGUCGUCUCGAUCGUCGCGUGAUGAUUAUAGGAAGGACAGAGGACACAAGGAGCGUGAGGAACGAAGGUCGCGAUCCAGGUCCCCAAGGCGGCCGAGGUCUUCGCCUCCAGCUCAAAGACACGCGCGCGAUGAACUACGCAGUAGUAGGAAUAUGGACAAGAUUGAAGAUGAACGAAGACAUUCCCCUGACAGUUGGGAGGGAUCAGAUGAGGAGGUACCAGCACCGCCUCCCCCUCCGCGCAUCAGCAAAGUAUCUAUGGGCUUUUCUAAACCUAAAGCUCCAAUCAAAAUGACUCUCGGCGCAAGUUCCAAGUCUGCGGUGCACAAACCCACUGUAGCAUCAGUGUUUAGCCGAGAUGAUGAUGACGAUGAUGAACCUGAGGAGAUGCCUGCUGAAGCUAAAAUGAGGAUGCGGAAUAUAGGAAGGGAAACACCAACAUCAGCCGGGCCAAAUUCCUUUGGUAAAACAAAGCAAGGCUUCUGUGACGCCAAGAAAGUGUUUGAAAAGAACCUCAAGCAGGCACUUGAAACUGCCGAGAAGCCUGCAAACAAGUUCCCGCAAACAAUAUACAAGAUCAAAGGCCCAUGAUAAUUUUAGUAUGUUUAUAAAAUUAUUAUGCUACACAAAAGUUAAAAGUGUUUUAAAACAAUACUUGUUCAAUUAUUUCAAACAGUAGUUUACUGUCUAACAAGUUACUAAUUCUUUUUUUUAAGAUGACAGCAGUGGUUCUGUUCUUGACAUGUAUGGGAAUUAUUUAUUAAAUAUUAUUGCCCCUAUGCUCUGCUGCCCACCAGCUUUGUGUCAUAGACAGUGGCAUGCACACCAUAGAUGCAAAAAUGCCUUGCCUACUCUGAGAAAAUUAUGAACCUGUAUUGUGGAAGAAAUUUUCCAUUUUGUACCUAUAGUGCAUUCCUGUGCACGCCGCUGGUUAUAGGGUGUGAAUUGCUCAGUAAUUUAUGGUGGUUUCCCACUUGUCAUCAAGUAGGCUGAGCUGUGCUCUUUCCACUUAUACUAUACUGGUUGACAAACAAAACUUCAAUACCACAGUUAAUUUCUAUAGCUAAACUAAAAUUGUGGGUUUUGGUCAAUGCAUUGGGCUAUUGUUGGAUUGACACUACACUUAACAAAGGUUUUCUGAUAUGACCAUAAAAGAUAAUAAUUAUAUUAUUGAUCUUGUUAAAGACAUGGUUAAUUGUUUCACAGUUGCUCACCUUGCCUGUCAUAUGGGAGGUGGGGUGUCUCCAGUCUGAUCUGGACGCCCGCCACUUCUGCGUGGAAAUCAAUAUAAACUUUCAACCCCUAUUUCAUUACUUUAGGGGCUGAAUUUUAAUAAUUCUGGAAUCACAUCAAAUUGUUUUUUUUUAUGAUUCAUGAACAAACUUUAAACUCUAAAAAUGAAGGACUUUCCAUACAAACUUUCAACCAAUAUUUCACCCCCUCACAGGGUAAAAAGUACCCUAUCUCUUGCUCUAAGGUCCCAUUUACCAUUAUGCCAAAAUUCAUCUUGAUCAAUUCAGCCGUUUAGCCGUGAAAAGGUAACAGACAGAUUUACUUUCGCAUUUAUAAUAUUAGUAUUAGUUUGGCAAACACAAACCAGAUUAGCUGGUCGCUUUUUGCUGCAUGUAUUGUCCUGCCUGUCCAGUGAUUUAAAGCUACAGUAUGAGGGUCGACAGGGCAACCUAUUAAACAUCAAUAGAUACUUACCUAAAAGCACUCUGGCAUUUAUAUUUCAUACUUAGUACAUUUUCAACUUUAGUGUAGCAUAACCUAUUUAUGUCAUUCUGUAUUAUAUAUUAAUGAUAUAUUUCUUUAUGUGAUGGUUAUUUCAAUCUUUUUGUAUGGUUUUUUUUAUAUUAUUAUUAUGUUUAAAUAAUACGAUUUAUAAUUUAGAUAACGUUUAUUGAGCUAGGUAGCAAGACAUGACAGUUGUAAAGUGUAAUUAUUCAACUACCUACCUAAUUCAACUAAAGUUUAGAAAAGACACAGAAUUUAUGUAGAUUAUAUACAUGACAUACCUUCCUCCCAAGUAUAUUACUAAUUAACUACUAAUUAAUAAGUAAGUAACAAAUUUAAAUCCCAAAUACAAUAGCAAAGUAUUUAAAAGAUAUACAUAGCAUAAACAUAAAUUUAACCAUCAUCUUCCUUAGAACGACUCGGCCUAUAAUAUGGACCUUUAUGAUAAACAUUUCUUUUUGUUCUAAUUUUUCCUCCGGGCAUAUCAAUCUCUGCUGAUUUAGGUAUUCCUAAUAUCUCCUCCCAUUUCUCAGCACUCGGUAUUUCAAUUAUAGGGUCUGUUUCUAUUUCAUACUGAUUUUCUUCUUCCUGAUUGGCUUUAUCAUCAUCCCCUGUCUCUGUAUCAUCAAUUAUUUCAUUAUUUCCACCACUUGUUCCAUUUGUUGGUGGUAGGUUCUCACUCUCUUUUACUUUAAUAAUCUGGUCCAUAUGUCGUCUUAAGACGGUUCCUUCUCCUGUUUGUACCUUAUAGCUGGAUGGACCGUCUUUUUCCUUGAUUUGGCCAGGUAACCAUUUUGGUCCUUUUAUAUAAUUUCUAUACAUUACAUUUUGUCCUAUAUUACUUUGUCUGUUUUUCUGCUGUGCAUUUUUUAUUACUUGACUUUCUAUUUUUCUAUGUUGUAUAUUAUCUGGAUGCAAAGUAUCCAUGACAGUACGAAGGCGUCUAUUCAUUAAAAGCUCUGAAGGACUCUUAUUUGUAGAAGAGCAUGGUGUAACACGUAGGCCUAAUAACAUAUUUGGUAUUUUAACUUCCCAUGGUCCAUGUAUUUUGCGUAGUUUGUCUUUUACAGUUUGUACCAUCCUCUCUGCCAAGCCAUUGGUGGCAGGAUGGUAAGGUGCUGACGUCACAUGUCUUAUUUUAUUUGAUUCUAGAAAUAAUUUCAUUUCUUGAGAUACAAAGGAAGUACCAUUAUCUGAGACCAAGGUUUCACAAAUACCAUGAGUAGCAAACAAAUUUCUUAAAUGGCCAAUCACUGUUCUAGAAUUUGUGCUACUUACAAUAAAAACUUCAGGCCAUUUAGAAAAAGCGUCGACUACUAUAAGAAAUGUUUUAUUCAUGUAUGGCCCUGCAAAAUCUAUAUGUAUUCUGGACCACGGUCUUGAUGGAAGAAUCCAUUCAUGAGACGAUUUCUCAGGCAUACGUCUAUUUUCCAGACACUUAGUGCAAUUUUGAACUAGUCGACUUAUGUCGUCGCUCAAUUGUGGCCACCACACAUAACUCCUAGCCAAUGCCUUGGUAUGAACAAUUCCAUUAUGAGUAGUAUGAAGCAUGCGUAGGACGGUUUGUCGAAGGGAUGGUGGUAUAACAACGCGGCAUCCUAAUAAUAUACAUCCAUCUUGUAAAGACAACUCUGUUCUAUGCAACCAAUAUGUUCGUAGAUCCCUAUCAGUAACUUUGCCUGGCCAUCCACAUCUUAAGAAAUGUACAAUUCGUGAAAGUGUCUGAUCUUUUGUAGUUUCGGAAGCUAUCUCAUGAGCUGUGUAGGGAAAAUCUUCCACCUUUUCUGCCAUUAGCAAUACUUCACACAAAGAUUGAUCUUCUUGCUCUGGGACUGGUAGCGGCCAUCGACUUAAACUGUCUGCAUUGCCAAUUUGACUUCCAGGUCGAUAAGUAAUACUAUAAUCAUGUGCUGUUAAUGCUAUAGCGAUUCUUGUUAGCCGAGGUGAUAAAAUGGAUGGCAUAGGUCUUUUAGGAUCAAAUAUUCCUAGUAACGGCUUGUGAUCGGUCACUAUUGUAAAUUGUCUGCCAGCUAUAUAAUUGUGAAAUUUUUUUAUGCCAAACAUAAUCGCAGUAGCCUCUUUAUCUAACUGUGAAUAUCUUCGCUCAUGUGCAUUUAAUGUCCUAGAGCUCAUUGCAAUAGGCCGUUCAUGUCCCUCGUCCAUAACAUGUGAUAGCACUGCUCCAACGCCAUAUUCGGAACUAUCACAUGUUAGAAUUACAUGUUUAUUCAAAUCAUAAUGAACCAAUGUUGUUUCAAAUGUUAGCAACUGUUUUGCUUUAUUAAAUGCAUCCUGUUCUCUUUGGGUCCAUCUCCAAGUUUGAGAUUUAUCUAGUAGUCUGUGUAACGGCUCCAAUGUUGUUGCCUUAUGAGGUAUAAACCUUUCAUAAAAGUUAUACAGGCCUAAAAAUGCUUGCAACUCCCGUACAUUCUUAGGUUCUGGUGUUUUUAAAAUAGCUUCCACUUUACUUGGAGCUGGGUGUAUACCAUCUCCAUUGAUCACAAAACCUAAAAAUUCUACUUUUUCUUGAGCAAAUUUACAUUUAUUCUUGUUAAGAUGGAAUCCAGCUUUCUGUAUACGUUUUAAAACAUUGUCAAGUCUUUGUUGCAUAAUCAGUAUUGUAGGACCACUCACUAUGAUAUCAUCAAUUAAAACUGAAACACCCUGGAUUCCUGCCAGUAAUGCUGUCAUAAGUCUCUGAAAUAUUCCAGGGCAUGCUUUGACUCCGAAUGGUAACCGAUGAACUGAAUAUAGGCCCUUGCAUGUAUUUAAAGUUAACAUUUUGGCUGUACUCUCAGUAACUUUUACUUGUGUGUAUGCUCGAUCGAGGUCUAAUGUUGUAAAAAACUUUGCACCUGCCACUGUAGCAAAUACCUCAUUGGCUGUCGGCAUAGGAAAAGUAUCCGAUUCAGUAGCUUGAUUGACAGUACUACGGUAAUCUCCACAUAGCCGGAUAUCCCCUGACUUCUUUAUUAUUGGCACAACAGGUGUUGCCCACUCAGAAAAAGAUAAGGGUUGUAGUACCCCCUCUGCCACUAGCCGGUCAAUUUCUUGCUCUACUCUAGCUUUGAUGGCAUAUGGUACUGGACGAGCUUUCAGAAAUCUAGGUGUAGCAUUUGGUUUAAGAUGUAUUGUAACAGGGUCACCAGUAAAUGUACCCAGCUCGUCCUCAAAGAUUUCACUAUAUUUUGAAAUAGUCUUGUCAAUGUUUACAAGAUCAUUGCUUGAUAUACAAUUAAUGUUCAAUGUUAUGUUCAGCGGGUUCAACCAGUCCCGUCCUAGAAGAUUAGGACCACAUCCUUUUGCUAUGAUUACAUUUAGGUUACAUUUUAGAUUUCUAUACUGAACAUGAAGUGUUGUUUGACCAAGUAAAAUCACUGGUGUGUUUGUCCACGUGCGUAGAGUAAGUGACACUGGUCGAAGAGUAAUCUGUUUGUUUUGAUAUUUUAUCUUCUUCCAAGUGUAUUCAUUUACUAAUGAAAAACUCGCUCCUGUAUCUACUUGCAAUACCACAGGGAUGUCUUCCAAUAACAAUUCGACCACAAAAGGCAGUAUUUUAGUCUCAGAUUGAAUGCUGUAAAUUCCAUUCAAGCGUAUAUCUGGUUCCUCAGUAAAAUUUAUAUUCUUCUUAAAAGAUUUUUUCUUUACUAAGCAUAUUUUUUCAAUGUGUCCUUUUUUAGAACAGAAUCGGCAAACAGCGUUAAUAAAUCUGCAUUCACCACCAUGACGAUCACCACACCGGUAACAUAAACGCGAGCUAGCCCUGGGCUGUACAGCAUUUACAUCCAUGGCCUCCACUGGUGAAUUUAUAGAUGUAUUGUUUGUACUUGUGUUACUGCUUUCUAUAUUGACAGAAGAUUGAAUCAUGUGACAAUCUUUUCCCGCAGUUUCGGCGGCUAACAUAGCAUCUAUAACAUCUUGAUAACGUAGGUUAUCUUUUUUCAAAAGAUCGUACUGUAGGCCGCGAUCUUUCAUACCACAGACGAGCCGAUCACGUAACAUUCGUUCUAAGUCCAUAAAAUUACACUUGGAGCUAAUUUUUCGCAAUUGUGCAAUGUAAUCUGACGCAGUUUCAUUUGUAUUUUGGUUACGUGUAUAGAAUUUGUAUGACACGGAAAUUUCAUUUGGUUUAGGACUAUAAUGUUUUGUUAAGAUUGUUUCUAUUUCAACAAAUGUCACAUCAGUCGGUUUUCUUGGUGUAAUUAACGCCAAAAACGUCUCAAAAACUUCCGCUCCACACACAGUAAAGAAAUUCGCUCGUUUGGCGCCAUCCAACAUGAUGCCAUUUGCCUCGAAACAAAACUUUAACCGGUCAAUGUAAUUGUCCCAUAUGUCGAUUUUUGGAUUAAAUUCACCAAACUUCACUGCUUUAUGAUCCAUUUUCACUAAAUUUUCGUCUCGUCGCCACUAUUAUGUUUAAAUAAUACGAUUUAUAAUUUAGAUAACGUUUAUUGAGCUAGGUAGCAAGACAUGACAGUUGUAAAGUGUAAUUAUUCAACUACCUACCUAAUUCAACUAAAGUUUAGAAAAGACACAGAAUUUAUGUAGAUUAUAUACAUGACAAUUAUGUAUUAAUAUUAAUUAAAUCUAGGUAUUAGAAUAAUAAAAUAUAAAUUUUAAUUAUGA